UUACAUUAAUGUUGAAAAUAGUGUCAUUUUGCUCUAUAAAAACCAGAGCUCCCUAUUCAGCUAUGCAACACAAGUCUUUAGUUCUAUCCUUCACUUCUCUAAGUAUAAUUUGUUACAAAUCAAAAUGGAAAGCUUAGGGAAGUUGGGGAAAUGGUCUUUUCUAACAGUUGCUUUGGCAAUUUGCUUAGUAGCCAGCACUGUUGUUGCUGAUUACUCUUAUGAGUAUACUUCACCCUCACCUUCUCACAACUCUAACAAGUAUUACAAAUCACCAUCUCCAUCCAACUAUCAUGUGCCCGCUCCUUAUUACAAGAAACCUUAUCCAUCACAUUAUUACUACAAGUCACCAGCACCUUCAAAGCACGCUUAUUACAAAUCACCAUCACCAGCUAAAUAUUACAAGUCACAUGUUCCUUCAAAGCAUUACUACUACAAGUCACCCAUUGUAACCAAGUAUUACAUUUCACAUGUUCCUUCAAAGCACUACUACAAGUCACCGGUUGCAACAAAGUAUUACUACAAGUCCCCAACUCCUUCAAAGCAUUAUUACAAAUCACCCGCUCCUUUUAAGUAUGACUACAAGUCCCCAUCGCCCGCAAAGUACUACAAGUCCCCAUCUCCAGCAAAGUACUACAAGUCACCUACUCCAUCAACACACUAUUACUACAAAUCACCAUCCCCAACAAAAUAUUACAAAUCACCCACUCCAUCUAAAUACUAUAAUUCACCUUCACCAACAAAAUAUUACAAAUCACCCACUCCAUCUAACUACUACAAGUCACCUUCACCAACAAAAUAUUACAAGUCACCCCCACCUCCACCAAAAUACUACGAGCAGCCACCAACUUAUUACAAUUCUCCACCUCCACCAUACUAUCAAGAAUCUACACCUUCCUAUAAAUCUUCUCCACCUCCUCCAAAGACCUAUGAACAAUCACCUACAUACUACUCACCUCCACCACCACCGUACUAUAAAGAAACACCAACCUAUGCCUCACCGCCACCACCUGAGAAGUACGAGGAAACUGUCACCUAUGCUUCACCGCCACCACCUGAGAAGUACAAGGAACCUGCCACCUAUGCUUCACCUCCACCCCCAUCACCAUCUCCCCCACCAGCAACCUAUUACUAG